AUGGUCAUAAAAGCUUACGAUCACAAAUACCAACAAUAUGUGGCGUUGAAAUUGGUGCGCAAUGAAAAGCGUUUUCAUCGACAAGCCGAUGAAGAGAUCAGAAUCCUGGAUCACUUGCGCCGUCAGGAUACUGAUGGAUCGCACAACAUCAUUCAUAUGUUAGAUUACUUCAACUUUCGAAAUCACAAGUGUAUCACUUUUGAGCUGCUUAACAUCAACUUAUAUGAGCUUAUCAAGAAGAACAAAUUCCAGGGGUUUAGUCUCAUGUUGGUACGGAAAUUUGCCUACUCCAUGCUGUUGUGUUUGGAUUUGUUGCAAAGGAAUCGACUGAUCCAUUGCGAUUUGAAACCGGAGAAUGUUCUUUUGAAACAGCAGGGACGAAGUGGUAUCAAAGUU